AUGGCGUUAUUGGGCAUCUCACUCAUCCUUGCAUCAGUCGUGCUGUUCUGCAUGCGGAGACCAGCCUGGUUUUCGUCCCUCUUCGGGGGUCCGUCACCACCCCCGAUAGAGCCGGCGCCUCCCGAGACCAAGUCAACCGACACCCCUCCGGACGCCGAUACGAUCGCGAGCGACGAACCAAGCCAUGCCACCAACGGUGCCAACGGAAAGGCCGCGGUGGCCCGGACCACCAUUCCUCCCCCGCCGGUGAUCCAGCACACGGCUCCCGAACCCGACACAAGCCGCCGCUCCUCCGAUGACGAACAGACGACCCCCAAAGCCUCCGCAACCACCCUCACAACCCCCGUCCCGGCGCUCGCCCUCUCCGCGCCGGAGCCAGCCCCCACAACCUCCCGACCGAACGGCCUGAACCCACCCGCCCGAGCGCCAGCAUCCGCCUCAACCCUAAUGCCCCCUCCCCCACGCCCCCCAACCCUCCGCCCCCCCUCCUCCGGCCUCACCAGCACCACUUCCUCCUCCCUCGCCCCGCCACGCGGCCGCCCCCUCCCCGUCCCAGCGCGAGGACCAGGCUGUUCCACCCUCGCGCCGCCCCCCACACACAACAGCAAGCCCGACAAGCCCUCGCGCGCCGUGAUCCUCACGCCCGGCCACUCCCCGCUGGACUGGGCGCGGCUGUCGGGGGACCCGUCGGCCGACCUGCGCGGGCUGCCGGCGGGUUCCCCUUACCUGCGCGUGACCCCCUCCAUGCUCAAGCGCAUGACGGGCCGGCGCGGCAAGGACGCGUGGACGGUGCUGGGCGGGCGCGUGUACAACAUGACGCCGUACCUGCCGUUCCACCCGGGCGGCGAGCCCGAGCUGCUGCGGGCGGCGGCGCGGGAUGGGACCAGGUUAUUUGGGGAGAUCCAUCCG